CCUCUACCCAACGUCACUAUGCGUCAUUUUGCCGGGAAUGUGGCUCCACGUUUCCGCUGCCGAGCGGCGUGCUUUAUCAGUGACUGUUCAUUCUGAAAGCAGGUUGGAGCAGGGAGUACUCCCGGCAAGAUGGCGGCGCGGUGGGGAGCAGGCGAGGAGACUACAACCGCGUGUAAUGUGGAAUUUUUCCCCAUGGAUGGAUUAAAUGAGACUGCCAGGCUGAGCUCUGGAGAAACUCUGGAAGUCCUUCAGAGCUGCUUAGACUCCUCUAUCCUCUCCUUCUUUGAAGACACACCAACAAUAGAGACUAAAGGACUGGAUGAUGAGAGCGAAGCUAAUCUGCUAACAGCACUGACAGAGAUCCUCGAUAAUGUGGAUGAUGAGAACCUGUCCCCAUUCGACACACUACCUGACUCAGACCUACUGUCGGGUCAAAAGGGCAAGGAACAUUCUCCGCUGAGAAGAUUGCUGUGUCUGUCACGCAGCCCUCCAGAGAAGGAUUUGCUCCACAGACCUGUAUCUAUUGGAAAGAGCCUCCCACGGAUACAGUCCAAUGCUCUCCAGAGGAGUGACGGGGAGGAGGAGGAUGAUGGUUCCCUCACUCUGAGCCCAACUGCUUAUGAUUCAUCGUGUGAUAAUGACCUGUUGGACUGGAUUAACCCCUCCCUUCCACUUCCUGUUACGUUUGAGCAGGAAGGUGGAGAUGGUGUUUCCAUCAGCCUGGGUGACUUGGUCAGGCAAAUGCACCCCUACUGUAUGACCAUUUGUUUGGACAACAACGAGGAACAGAUGUUGCCUGAGGGGGGCAUUUUGCUUGAGGUUGUGGACCAGGGAGAGAAUGGUGAGCCUAUAUUGGCCAUCCCAAACAUGGAUCUCCCCUUGUCACUGCCCUGUGAGGACCAGUUGCCAGAAUUUAAGGGUAAAAUUGCAGCUGAAGCAGAAGAAACUUCUGACACAUUGGAGCAAAUAAUUGUUGUUGAUGAUGUAAAGGACGUUUGUCCAGCAAAGCCAUCUUCAGAUGUUAAUGACAAAAAGAUUAUGGAAUCACCAAAGGAAAAUGAUAAAAAAGGUUCUUUGAGAAAAAAGUCAAAGAAAAGUAAAAACCAAUGUCAAUCUGGAUCUAUUGAGGGAAGAGUUCUUAGAAGUGGUACAAUAACAAAGACGGGACCUCGGGUUCCCAGAAACCAUGAUAAAAGGUCAUUGAAACGAGAGAAUCUUAAAGUCCCAACAACUUCUCUAACGUAUCCAUCUUCUACCUCAACAAAACCAGACAAAGUAGAUCCAUGCAUGAUUGAUGCAUCAGCUGAGAUGAAUGUACAAAUUGCUACAUCUGUGUCAAACCAAGAGCUGGCUGUUACUCAGAUGAAAACAAGCUCACAUGUUAGUCAUACUAGUUGUCCAGUUGCAGCAGAGAGUACAAAACAGGGAAGUGAGGCCCUAAAAGAGCCUGAGUUAGCUCCAGAGAAGCCAAUCGAAUCAUCAGCUGCUCACCCUGUCAUUAAGGCCACAUCAUCCACAGAGACUCUUAAAGCUGAUCUUAGUCCCACAACAAGCCAGUGUACCCCACCUUUGUGUGAGGUACUUCCUCCAACAGCAACAACAGUCCCAGAGCCAAAACCUAAAUCGCUCAGCUUAGCAGAGUACCGUCAGCUAAGACAACAGAAAAAGCCACAGCCUGUGGUAACUAGACAGAUCAACAGCACCAAGUGGCCCAGUCUUCCAGAGCUUCCUAAGGAGCUUCCACUGAUCCCCUGUUUGCCUGACCCCAGCUUCAAAGAUCCUAGACGACCCAACAACCAGACAGCCAAGAAAGUGGAGGUGGAGGAAGUCAGACCUGCCUGGCAUCCAAGGGGACCAGCAGCACCACCCACACCUGAGGCACUGCUGGUGCCACCAGCCUACAUGACUGUCUCAUCCAGCAAAGUUUCGACUGCUACCACUGUUCCCAGACCCCCAAACACACCUCAAUCUUCAACACCGUGUCCACCUAAAAAGAUUCCUGAUUCUGCAGAGCAUGCGUCUGCACACCGAGCACCUGAAGAAGUCCCUGAGGUGACUGAGAGUGCUCGGUCUUCUGAUUCAAAUCAGUACAUUUCAUCAGAACAUGGUGAAAGCUGUCAGGCACUUUCAGUAGAAAAUGAUGGAGUCAGUGAAAUGUCUCAGCCUGUCUCUCAUAAGUUUGAGACACUUCCAAAAGUUUUACCUCAAACCACUACAGAGUCUUGCAAUCACAUCACUGCUGCUUCAGCCACACCAACUUUACCCCAAGAAACCACUGAAAGCCACAAUGUGGCUGCUGCCUCCAUCACCACAUUGAACCACCUGGGGACAGUUGAUGUCUCUUCCGAACACAUGGACAACAAUGCCCAACUUUUGUCUUCAACUGCUCAACAUUCAGACUGUUUUGCGGUAGAAUCUGGUUUACUUGAAUCAAAUGUAAAACCCACCUCAAAGGCGACACACCAGAAAGUAAAGGACUCGACACAGCAGCUGAUUGAGUCAUUCACCAGUGAGAUCGGAAUAGAAGCUGCUGAUCUGACGAGCUUGUUGGAGCAAUUUGAGGAAACUCAAGCCAAAGAGGUGCAGUGUGUGCCGGAGGUCUCUGGUAGAGCAGCAGCUGUAGGAAACUCGAGUUUGGACUUGGUUCCAGAGAAUGCAGUUGUGGAGCGUGUUAGAGCUACUGACGUCUCAUGUACUGCAGCGCUCACUCCCCCAGCUACUCCACCCCACCAGAUGUGGAAACCUCUGGCCCCUGUAGCCCUGCUGGGGAAGAGCAAAGCAGUGGACGCAUCCAAGUUGAGCCCCUCCAAAGUUAUCCAAAUAGAAGCUCGGCCCCUCCCCUCAUUCAAGUAUCGCAGCAAACCUACUCCUGUCAGUAUUACUGUGGACCCCAGCGUGGCAUGUAAGGAUCAUGACUAUUGCCUCCCAAAUAAAGGAACUUCUGCUGAAGAGCCAGGCAGACGCUGGAAUGUGAAACAACAAACUUUCAUCACAAUUAAACCUAUCAAACAACCCACUACAAGCCCUGUCCAGUCAAACCCACCGAACAUUGCUGUUAAAGCCAAAACACAAGAUUUCCCAGUUGCAGAUAACUUGGACCACAGCUCAGUUCUGGAAACGCCUGACGCUUCUCCUGCUCGAAGGGACACAGAGUCCACUUCUAAAGAAGAAAGCACCAAGAGAGAGUCCUUUAAAAAAGUUUACCAUAGUCACACUGCCUCUCGCACAUCCAGCCCAGAAAUGAAACCCAACGGGAGAUCUACAGGCCGGUCUAGAAAAAGAAGUUGCCGACAUUCUCGCAGCCCUGGAUCGAGCAGUUCAGAUUCGGACUCUCAUUCCUCUAGAUCUCGAUCUAGGUCCUGCGCUCCGUCUAAGAAAAGAUAUCGUCGCCGUCACUCUCAGAGCAGUUCCAGUUCUUCAUCUCGUUCUUCAUCUCGUUCGUCAUCCCGAUCGUCUUCCCCUGUAUCUUGCUCCCCAUCCAGGCGGAGGAGGUAUUCAUAUUCCUCUUCACGAUCUGGCUCGUGGAGUCGCUCCAGGUCACGGUCACCUCGGAGACUGACACAGUGGAGGACAAGCAGAGUAUGGAACAGUCCACCACAAAGAUCAAGCUACAGUUUUGAUGCAAAGAUGACCGUGGAUCAGGUCAAGAGAUGCAAGGAAAAAGCAAUUGAGGAGCGCCGGGUUGUUUAUGUGGGACGCAUCCGGGGUACGAUGACCCAGAAGGAACUCAGGGAACGCUUCUCUUUAUAUGGAGAAAUAGAGGAAUGUACCCUGCACUUUAGAGACCAAGGGGACAACUACGGCUUUAUAACCUAUUAUGACACCAAGGAUGCGUUCACAGCCAUUGAAAAUGGUAGCAAGCUACGCAAGCCGAACGAGCUCCCAUUUGAUCUUUGUUUUGGUGGAAGGAGACAGUUCUGCAAGUCCAACUAUGCUGACUUAGAUUCGAGUAGAGAGUACGAACCGUUGCCUACAAAGGGCAAGUUUCAUGCACUAGACUUCGACACUUUACUGAAGCAGGCCCAGCAGAGUCAGAAGAGGUAACGGAAGGCCUGCAGCAGGAAGCAGCUGACACUUACCUCAGAGCCAAGAAGGCUCCUCACCUGCAACACUGUCUUUACAUUUGAGUUGUUGCCUUGUGUUUUGUUUUUGGUUUUUUUUUUUUUUUUUUUUGGUUUGUUUCUGCAAGCUAACACCUUCUAUUGAAGUGAAGAUUUGUAAUGAAAGCAGUAAAAGACAUCGCAAAAAAAUUGCAUAAGUAAAAUGAAAUAAUUUUUUUAAAGUUUAUUUAAAUGUUAAAUCAAGUUUAAAUUGUUUUGAUGGGAAAACAUAGAUUUUAAAAUGGGGAAAAUACAUGGAAUGGAGAUCCCUAAUCCACAAAAAAAGGAUGUACUACAUUGAAAUGUACUACGAACCUGAAUAAAAAAAAAUUCAAAGUCA